CAGUGGUUUGGUUCCCACCAUGUCCUUCCACAAAAACACAUACCCCAAAACACCCGUGCCCUCUCUUUCUCUUCAUAAAUACACCCCAUUCACCUUCUUUCUUCUUCAUCAUCAACUUCUAAUUCUCUCUCUCUCUCCCUCAAAACAUGGCCAUCAGAAAAUCAAACAAAACCUCUCAAACCACAGUCCUCAAACAAAUCCUCAAGAGAUGUUCCAGCCUGGGAAAGAAGAACGACUACGACCACAACCAUGAUGCUCUUCCCCUCGAUGUUCCCAAAGGCCAUUUCGCCGUCUACGUCGGAGAAAACAGAAGUAGAUACAUUGUCCCCAUCUCCUUUUUGACUCACCCUCAGUUUCAGUCCCUCCUUCGACAGGCCGAGGAAGAGUUUGGCUUCGAUCACGAUAUGGGACUCACUAUCCCCUGCCAAGAAGUUGUUUUCCGCUCUCUAACAUCAACGCUACGAUGAUCAGAGAUCAAUUGCUUCAACAAUUAAGAACAGAGAUCCAAGGUGGCUGGCCAAGACGAAGCUUCUUCUGCUUCUCUUUUUUAACACCCAUCGUCAAUCUCUCUUCACCGUCUAUGCAUUGUGUUUCUCACGAUCUGCGUCUUUUUGUCCCAUUCUUUUUUUUUUUCUUCUUCUGCUUUUUAACAGCUAGCCCCAUUUGGGCUUUUAGAUGUUCAUCAUGAGACUCUAACUUUUUGUCCCCAUGAGGAAUUUCUAGGGGUGAAAAUUGUAUAAAGGGUUCGCUGUUCGUCAAAUUUUCCUCGCAGGGGUUCUAUACUAUUGCCCUGUGAGAGAAUUUAGUUUUUUUCAAUGGAAUCUAGGAAGUUUGAUUUCACAGAUAGAUACCUUUCUCUGUUUCUCUGUUACUCUCUCCCUGUACAAAAAUCUUUCUCUGUUAAGAUUUGUACCUGGACAGAAACAGAUAAUAUUGUAUCCAACAUAAAAAAGAAUCAUUCAUAAACUUAACUAAAAAA